AUGGGUGCCAGCCGGAGAAAGAGCGAGGAACCGAAGGCCACGAUGGAUCACGUGUUGUUAGCGUCAGGUGAAAGCGCGCAUCAGAGAGAGGCACGGAUUCGCACCCUCUUCGGGUUCUUUGACGCGCAUGGGCGCGGCUACUUGGACCACGCGCUGAUCGAGAGGGGGCUUGCGGCGCUGGGAAUGCCCUCGGAGAGCGACUAUUCGCAGGACUUGCUAGGCGCGUGGGACGCCGACAAGGACGGGCGAGUGGAGUACGGAGAGUUCAAGAUGUACAUGGAGAAGAAAGAGGUGGAACUGUAUCGGAUAUUUCAGGCCAUCGAUGUGGAGCACAGUGGGUGUAUUUCGCCCGAGGAGCUCUGGCACGCGCUUGUGAGAGCAGGGAUUCAGAUAGAUGAUGUGGAACUUGCCCGAUUUGUUGAGCGCGUUGACAAGGAUCAUAAUGGGGUUAUAACAUUUGGAGAAUGGAGGGAUUUUCUGCUGCUUUACCCUCAUGAGGCAACAAUUGAGAACAUUUAUCAUUACUUGGAGCGUGUAUGCCUAGUUGAUAUUGGGGAACAAACUGUUAUUCCAGCAGGCAUUAGCAAGCACAUCCAUGCAAGUAGCUAUCUAAUUGCAGGAGGUGUAGCAGGUGCUGCAUCACGUACAACAACUGCACCCCUUGAUCGUUUGAAGGUUGUGUUGCAAGUGCAAACAACACGAGCUCAUAUAAUGCCUGCAGUAAAAUAUAUAUGGAAAGAAGGUGGUUUCUUAGGAUUUUUUCGAGGCAAUGGCAUAAAUGUUCUUAAGGUGGCCCCUGAGAGUGCUAUUAGAUUUUACACCUAUGAGAUGCUAAAGACCUUCAUUGUGAAUGCUAAAGGAGAAGGGACAAAGGCCGAUGUUGGUACUAUGGGACGACUUCUAGCUGGUGGUAUGGCUGGUGCUGUAGCUCAAACUGCAAUAUAUCCUCUGGAUCUUGUUAAAACACGAAUACAAACUCAUGCUUGUGAAGGUGGAAAAUUUCCCAGUCUUGGAACCCUCUCAAAAGAUAUAUGGGUUAAGGAAGGACCCCGUGCAUUAUAUAAGGGUUUGAUUCCUUCUAUUCUGGGAAUUAUCCCAUAUGCUGGCAUAGAUCUUGCUGCAUAUGAAUCAUUGAAAGACAUGUCCAAGAAAUAUAUUCUUCAUGAUGAAGAAGCUGGUCCUCUUGUACAAUUAGGAUGUGGGACGGUAUCAGGUGCCCUUGGAGCAACCUGUGUUUACCCAUUGCAGGUUGUUAGAACAAGAAUGCAAGCUCAACGGGCUUAUAUGGGGAUGGCAGAUGUAUUCAAGAGAACUUUUAAACAUGAAGGGUUAAGGGGAUUCUACAAAGGCUUAUUUCCUAACCUGCUCAAAGUUGUUCCAUCUGCUAGUAUCACUUAUUUGGUGUAUGAGAAUAUGAAAAAAGGCUUGGAUUUGGAGUGA